AAUUAUAGAACUGGCCACAGAAAUGAUUCAUAGCAUCUCAUUCUACACGGUUGCUUAACCAUCUCAGUUUGAUGACUUAUAGUAUGAGUGCAGAAAAUAUAAGGCUGUGUCGCGGUGCCAAACGGCGAGGGCCAGAUGACACACAGGAUAAAUUGCUUGUGUUUGGCUAUGCAUCACGAAUAUAUGCAAACGAUGAUCGCGCAGAGUGGGUUGCAGAAGAACGACAUCUGAUAGCACAUCCGGCAGAUUCACAGUUACUGAUUGAUAGGUGAGUUAGUGGAAGGCGUUAACUCAGUGAUUGAAUUUUUGUUGCGUACUUCUUUCGAAACAGAUUGCUGAAGAUGUGUAAUGUACGGCAGCUCAAAAGUGGUGGUAUAAAUUCAGCAAUACUAUUGAUAUGGAUGGAGUGUUACACACGCCCAAUAGUUUGGGCAGGAUGGUGGUAUGUACUUUUCGUAAGUGCACUAUAAUUGUGAGAUGAAUAUUUUUGUUGUUGGGAGAAGCCUAGUUUGGCUUGGCUUCGAGAAGAAAUGCCGUGGAAGAUAUAGGAACUAAGUUCAUAAACUUUGAAAUUCCACUUGAAACUUAGUUUCUAUGUCUUCAUAUUGUAUUCAUCCAUCAUUUUACACUGUCAUGUAACCGUCAUUUCCAGGUAUGACUGUCGCUUACAUCUUUCAAGUACAGAGGCGUUGGAUAUUGCAUGUAUUACUGGAGAAAGCAAUAGUCAGACUGGGAUUGGAUAUGACUGUCCUGCAGAAUUGCUCGAAGAGGAAAUGUGCGAAGAGGAGCGAUAUAAAGACAUGCACGAAGAUAUGAAAAGACUUGAACAAGAAGAGGAGGAAAAGCGAAAGCGUGCCGAAAUUGCAUUUAAUUAUGAUGAAAAUUGUAAACAAGCAAGUAGCAGUAGUAGUGAAGAAGAAAUUGACGAACUAUUCCAACCUCCAGAAAAUAUCAAACUUCCGUUCGGCAUGAAUUUGCCAGAUACAAUGAAACAAAAUGCUGUGAUAGAGCGUACAGCGACAUUUGUCGUUGCCCAAGGUCCGCAAAUGGAAAUCGUCAUCAAAGCAAAACAGCGUGGGAAUCAAGAUCAGUUUGGUUUUCUGGAAUUUGAUCAUCCUUUGAAUGCUUAUUAUAAAUAUAUCUCAAAGCUGAUACGAGAAAAGAAGUAUGCACCAAAACCGCAUGUUCCAAUGCGUCGUCCGAAAUUGAAAAAAUUAAAACGCUUGGAAGAAGAAAAACGAUUGUUAGAGGAGCAACAGAAACAGAAAGAGGACGUAGAUGUUGGUUCUAGUUCUGAUAGCGAUUCGGAAUCUGAUGCCAGUGGAAAUUAUCUCCAUCCUUUGUUGAUGGGGGGAGCACGGAAAACUGAUUCUGGAAGUAGUUCUCCAGUAAUUGGUCCGAAGACGAAGGAAGAAAAUGAUGUCGCUAAUAAGAAACAACUGCAAGUUAAAACUGACUACAAAUUGGGAAAGGCUGACGACAUGUAUUCUUCGCUCUUCAAGAAUCUUUCUGAUUUAGUUGUCACACAGACAAGAGCAGUACAGGCUGCUGAAAGCAAGGAUGAAACUACGGAAAAAACAAAAGACUUGGAAAAAGGCGAUUACUAUGAGUGGUAUCUGAGUUUCUACGGAGAACCACCACCAAGCAAUGAACAGCCAAAUGUGAUACCGCCUCCACCUGAUAUUAUGCCUACCGUUAAUAGCGCUGCAGAAUAUGUUGCUAGAUAUGGAAUCCAAGCCGAACAAAUUUUGCUAGGGCGGCAUGACCUUAACAUCGGAUUUUUAUGUGCUGACGGUCCUUAUUAUGGCUAUUAUCAUUCACGUAUUCGAUAUUACCAGAAGGUCCAUACUUCUUACAUGCACUCUCAAAAGGUGACGGGAGAUGCAGAAGCAGAAGAGUGUAAUACAGCGAAGCAGGAGGUGGAUGUUUCGGGAAAAUGUGAUGCGGAACAGUUCUCUAAAAUUGACAGCGACAUUCCUGAACAACCAAACAAAUCAUUUUCUGAUUUAUUGCAAGCACCUCCCCCACCACCACCUUUCAUGAACCGAAAAAUGCGCCGUCGAGGUUUCCAUGAUCCACCACGUACACCUGAACCAGCUGUGCAAAAUGUUGCUGAAGUUGGAGUGAUCGACUUUGAUGUUCAGUUAAAUAAAGUGCAAUCAUUGCCGACACUUCUGGAUAAUACUGAGGAGCGAGAAGGAAAUUCAAACUUAUCAGUGAAAAAAGCAGCAACGGGUCCAAUAUCUUUCUCUUUAAACAUUCAAAAAGCAGAUGACAGAAAAGUUCCGAAAAUAGCAAGUGCUGUUAAACUUGGAGCAUAUGAUGAUGAGAAUGGUGGAACAGAAGCGGUUGAUGUUCCUCCGGGUGUUCUUAGUAACAUCCCUCCACCAGGCUUGACAAUACCGCCACCUCCAGUUGCUCCAGUUCCUCUGUCCUCCGGGCAGCUUGCAGUGGAAGGUUCAGUUGAACUUCAGUCAGAACGAAAGUUAAAAGCUCGCCUUUUUAUGGAGAAGAUUCUGAACGAGAAACGGGCUGCAAAAUUGAGAGCUCAAAAUGAGGAACAACUGAAACGGGAAAGCGAGCUUCUAAAAAAAUACGAAGAAACGCGUUCAACUUCGUCGAUAACCCCAAAAUCGAAAAGCAAAGGUGAUGUAAGUGAUGUGGAAAUGAUCUUUUCAACCUCCGCGAUUGAUCAGCUAAUUAAUUCACGAAUUGAUAAAAUGAUCAGCGAAACAUUUAAAGAAAAGAAAAGUUCCAAACAUUCAAAAAGCCGUCAUCAUAAAAAGGAAAAAAAAGCGAGAAGGAAAAAACGAUGAAAGUCGAUUAUUAGAUGAACAUUGCAGCAAAUCGGGCAAACGUCACAGGAGAUCUCGAGAAAGUUCUAGUUCGUCUGAGCGAAAAGUCUCAAGGAGAAAAAAAAAGAAGAAACGAAGGCAUCGGUCUCGUAGUAGCGGUGAUAAAAGCAGAUAAAAGUUGUUGGGUGCUAAAUUAGUCUUACUGAUAUAUGCUUGUAAUUUAUGCUCAGGUUUCUUGAUUUAUCACGAAGAGUAACGUAAAUAAAGAUACUGAAUGCCCUGGAUGUUUAUUUGAAAUUCAUGCUGUGAUUUCAAGAUAAUUUCGUUUGUCAAAU